UAGAUUACUUGUUGGUGAUCACUGCAUUGUUGGAACUAGAAGCACAAGCAUUUCGCUACACUCGCAUUUAACAUCUGCUAACCAUGUGUAUGUGACAAAUAAAAUUUGAUUUGAUUUGAUAUUCGGAUCAACUGGUUUGUUCCUGUGUCAGGAAACUAAAUACCACAUUAAUCAUAUAAUAUAACUGGCCAUUACAACAGAUCAAUUUCGUAGGGCUGCAAAAUGUCAACUUCAACUUCCCUACUGUCAACUUUCCUACACACUGGCCAGCUGACAUGUGGUCAUGUCUCCUGAGGUUGUGGAUUAUGGUCCAAACUAAGCACUAAUCACUCAAAACUGUUAGUCUGCACAGUUAUCCUGUUUCCCAUGUAAAAUAGCCUUUGAAUGACCAAAACAUCUCCCAUGCUAUAUAUUCCCAGUUUUCCCCCCAUAUAUUUUUCCAUUAAAAUGAUCAGUUGAGAAAAUGUACCUUUGCUCUCAUCUCUAACUACCAUUAAGACUGAAGGACAGGCUAGGUGGGCAGAGGAACAUCCAAUCCUGUUAAACAUUACAUCAUCAAUUAUUUGUUUAUCUAACCAUUUGUUCAUUUGUGUGCUCAAGUGUGUGUUUGCAUGCAGAGAGACUCCGGAGAGGGUGGAGUUUCUGUCAGUAACUUAGGGAUAAAUAGACAGGCAGAGCUCAGAGUUUGUCAGAAGACAGGGUCACACACAGGACCAAGCAGGAGCAGCAGGACCUCAGGCAGCAUUUUUACUUUUUAAUACAAAUGGAGAAACAUGAAGAUGUUCAAUACUGUCUUCAAGACAGAAACUCUUCUUGCAGAAAGGCUUUGCUAUCGACAUCUAUCUACAUAACACUGUACAUCUUCUUGUCAUUGAUUUCAGCAGUUACAGUAUUUUUGAACCUACUGGUGAUAAUCUCCAUCUCUCACUUCAAGCAGCUCCACACUCAAACCAACCUGCUCAUCCUCUCUCUGGCUGUGGCAGAUCUCCUGGUGGGACUGAUUGUGAUACCAGUAACGACUGUAGCAUUAAUGGAAUCAUGCUGGGGUUUUGGGAAAUAUUUCUGUGUGUUUCAGAUCUACGUUACUUUUUUAUGUGCUUCUUUAUCGCUUGGCAAUUUGGUUUUGAUAUCUAUUGACCGCUAUGUUGCUGUGUGUGAUCCCUUAUUGUACCACUCUAAAAUAACAGUAACAAGAAUGAUGUGUUGUAUAUCCAUUACCUGGUGUUGUUGUAUCAUAUACCGUGCUGCUAUUAUAAACAACUUUGUAAAUGUACAGGUACCCAGUAGGUGUUUGAAAGAAUGUUUUAUUGUUGAAGGAAUAACCUGGGGAAAUAUCAUUGACUUUGUAUUUACAAUGGUUGUCCCUUGCUCUAUUAUUAUAACACUUUAUAUGAAAAUCUUUGUGGUGGCCAGAUCACAGUCCAGAAAGGUAUUUUCAAAAGAGUCUGUCAGUGUGUCUGGUGUUCAAACUGUACAGGCAAAUAAGUCUGAGAGAAAAGCAGCAAAAACUCUGUCUAUUGUUGUUUUCAACUAUUUCAUUUGUUGGAUUCCAUUUUUAUUUUCUUUCUUUUUGUAUUUUUUAAUUGACAGUUUAUUUUCAGUUAUGCUCAUCGGCUUUCUACCACUUUUUAACUCUUUUAUCAAUCCAAUAAUUUAUGCUUUCUUUUAUCCAUGGUUCAAAGUGACAGCUAAACGUAUUUUAACUCUGAACUUUUAAAUUGUAUUUUAUUGUUUUUUUAAUUAUUUAUUUAACUAGUCGUUUAAGAACAAUGUCGGCCUAACUUAAGGCAUAAAUCGUUUUUAUUCCUACGUUUGACAAACAUGUUUGAUAAAGUUUUGUAAUACAAUUGUUGUAAUUGCUUCUUUCAUGUAACAAUACACUGACAUUACUUAUCUCAGUAUUGUCAUCAUACGCGUACAGCAUUAUUUGUCUGGAUUGGUUUGGAAUGACUUGGGAAAAGUAUAAGAAAGCAUAAGCUUGUUUUUUUUAAAUACAUUUUAGCCAUUGUGGGUUGUAUAAUUCCAAAUACCAAAGGCUGUGGUUGUUCCGUGUUAUUUAAUAAUAAAUAGUAUGUAAGUAUUCUAAAAGUA